AUGAAACCGUGGCUGCUCCCCCUGUUGGGAGGAAUGAAGACGGCUGCCGCGGCGCGCGUGGCGCUGCUCACGGACGUUGAGGGGAACUGGCAGUAUGUGCGCAACGUAGUGAAGCAGUCGUCGUGUCUGCAGCUGCUGUCAGAAGGUACAAGAGAUGAGACGCUGGAGCUCCGUGAUAACUGUAUGCUGGUCUUUGGAGGCGACGCUGGGGACAAAGGCGACCGUACGCUCAGGUGCUACGAGCAGCUGGUGAAGCUCAAGAAACGGUACCCCGACCGCGUCGUGUUACUGGUGGGCAACCGUGAUGCGAAUAAAAUGCGGUUCACGUCGGAAUUGCACGACACGGAGAUGGACUUGCACGCAAUGGCUCAAGAGGUCCUUGAAAGUCCGACGUGGGUGCCCGAAAGCAAACGAACGACUUUGAAAACAUUUCUGGAGGAACAAGUAGCGAUAUAUGAUGGACACGUGAUGGAGGAUGGUGACAUUGAGACUGUGAAUACCAAGACGAACCGUUUGAAAUGGAUGCUAGAGCACACGAUGGGGUCACAGGGAGAUUUUGAUCGUCGGCGGACAGAGCUGGCAUCGCGUCGAGAGGUCGAAAACGCCAAGGAAAUAAUGGACGAAGAUGUCGUGAAGUCGUACAUAGAUAGUGUGAAGGAAGGAGGCGUGGUGCGUGAAUAUUUAGUGCACGGCAGUCUGGCAUUUGUGGCCCACCAGACACUGUUCGUGCACGGCGGUAUCAUCAACGGUGACGAAGAUGCUAGCUUGUCUGCGCUGGGCCGAGUACCCAACGAGCCGUCGAAGCGGUUCGAGGCGGUAUCGGAAUGGGUGGAUGGACUAAAUGCGUGGUACCGAGACCAAAUUCAGGAGUGGAUUGACCAACCUAACUGGAACGACGACCAUUCGUCUCGCGGGGGCAACGGAUUGCUCAAAUACGUCGUGCCCAACUAUACUGGCAGUGUCGUGGUCGGCCGCCAUCUGUUGGCGUCGGGCAUGCCAACUCCGCUUCCGGACAAGAUUGCGUCAUUACUGUCCGAAAGCGGGAUCCGACGUGUGAUUAUUGGCCAUACACCCCACGGCAACUGCCCAACGGUCGUGAAGCAACCCCAUCAGCAACGUGAUACCUGUCGGGCAAAUGCAGGUCACAGUGUCGAUGCAGUGCUUUUUGAGGAUGUCAUUAUGUGUGAUACAAGCUACAGUGAUGCACAAGCUCCGGACAAUCGUGGCAGCGCUGCGUCUGAGGUGGUAGUGGAGCCUUCCGGUCGUGUGACAGUCACCGGUGUGUUGGAGAAUGGCCAGUGCAUUAAGUACGAUCCUGACGAGGAUCCAUGGGUUGGUCGAUGGCUCCGAGAUGGGACCAUGGUGAAGGCCCGCCUCGUCAAUAAAGAUGCAUAUAGGGGAGAGGAGCUGUAUCUCGUGUUCAGCGUGGAGAAUGGGUACACAUACACCUACCAUAACCGCACGGUCACUCAACUCCGCGCAAUCGGCUUGAAGAACUGA